AUGCAAAGGCUGGUUUUCAACUACGCUUCUCUUCGCCGAUGCUGUUUAGUUAUGGAAUUGUGGCGGCGCCUAGAACGCCAUCUAGCAAGGCCUGCAGCCGUAAAAGAGAACGUAAACCUGUAUCGAUACAUGAGCGGUUUCAAGUUUGAGCAAUCUGAGCUACUUAUGCGUACAUGCUUUCCGGAACCAUUUCGCCAACAUUGGUACACUGUGUGUACAAAUUCUCUCCUUAGAGGAGAAGCUGCGUCAGAUCUGAGUUUGCACAUAGGAAACGGCUCCGAUCUUGCCGAGAUAGUUUCUAUCGUACGCGCGCAAGCAAUACAUAACAGUCUCUGGGAGUCGCUGCUUGCGAUGACCAGUGGUAAAUGGAAGGAGGGACAGCCCCAUGUGGAUAUUCGCAUCGUUCCAUCAGCAGCUCGUUACGAGCUCUCGUUUUGUGUGGCUAACAAAAUGUACCUGGUUCGAAUUGAGCUGACGAGGGAAUUCGAAUGGAUAGGUAGUGUCGAGGAUUCAACUGGCGUUCCUGUGCGCAUGGAGCUUAAUUCUUUGUUGACCACAAGGAUCAAUGCGACUCGCUCCAUUCCUGUUGCGAUGGUUAAGGUGCUGAAGGAACUCGGAUGCGAAGAUGUCCGUUGUAGUGGAGCCGGCGCAAGUCAAACUGCGAUGGAAACGGAUAAUGAAUCAUGUGUAUCAGGCAUGGAUAAAGUUGGCACUGCUUGGUUGCCAUUGUUAAACAGAAGCAAGGUCGCAAAUAAACGUCCACGAGCAUGUGUGCCAGAAUUCACUUUCGAGGUGCAUUCUGUGCCACUAGCUACACCUGGUGGACUUCUCGCGUCUUACAAGGAAAUCACGACAGAGAGCGGCACUCGUCCACCAGCCACUGCCCGAGCUGAAGCUCGUACUCAACGUGUUCAGUCCGACACAGCCCUCGCGAUAUCAGAUCUGGAAGCGAUAUGUCAGCUAGCUGACGGCAUGGACGACGAUAACAAAACACCGACGCCAUUGCUGUCGAGCCGACACUCAACCAGUCCGGCACCGUCACGUCCACCUGGAUGUGUUGGAGGGAGCGGUCCUGGCAGUGGUGUACCACAACUGAGCCCUUUGGAAACGGCUCGGUUGAAAAUGACG